AUGAAUUCCGUCCCGGAAAAGUUGUCUCACAGUGAGAUUUGGGACGAUUCAACCCUCAUCAACUCGUGGAAUGACGCGCUGGAAGAAUACAGGGUCUGGCUCAAACUUCAUCCGAUCCGGAAUAACCUAAUCAAUCAACGCUUGCUAAUUGUUUCCCAGAAAUACCAUUCUAUCCACAGGAAGGGGGGAAACGUCGAGGAAUUGCUGAACCAAUCAUCAAGAACGGCUUCGGACGCCAAGAACUCGACCGAAGAGGCCGACGAGCCCUCGAGCAAUCGUGCCCCCAACCCAGAUCCCGAGAUGAAAGAGGAAGUCGAUAAUGGCAGACAAGAGGACGGAACGUCAACUUCCCAGCACAGCCAUCCGCCUGGUGGAGGUCCCGGGCCCGAAGGCCUACUCGGUUCAGUGCGCGACGAGAAUCUCAAGAGACUCCUGAUGUCUUGGUACUACGCCGGCUACUACACCGGCCUCUACGAAGGACAGCGGGUCUCUAGCGAGCAGUGA